AAAAAACACACAAUUCUUUUGUUUGUAAGCGGCAAUUCGAAGCAGAUUCUUCUUCUUCUUCUUCUUCUUCUUCUUCCUCUUCUUCCUCUUCUCCAUUUUCCCAAUUCAUUUCUUGAAAUUCACAACAACUCUAAAUCACUUUCUCAUCCGAUUCAUCCUGGAAUUCAGGAAAUUCUCGAUCUCUACACUCAAUUUUAGGUUAAAUCACUGAGGAUUGAACUUUCUUAGAAUUUGCAUUGAUUAUAAUUCACGAUGGAGCUUCCUCAACCUCCUCGUCCUCUUGGAACCGAAGGACGGAAACCAACGCAUGACUUUCUAUCACUCUAUGGUCAUUCAACUGCUCUUCAACAAGAUCCAUCCCAGUCCUUUCAAGGGGGUUUCCUUAAAACGCAUGAUUUUCUCCGGCCGUUGGAACGGACUGGGAAGACAUGCGCCAAGGAAGAGAAAACAAUCAAUGUAUCCACUGUGGAACGAGCAGCGCCAACCUUGGGAACUCAAGCACAUAAUUCUGCUGCCGAGCGUUUAUUACCGGGUGGAAUUGGGACUUACAGUAUUAGCCACAUUUCUUAUUUUAACCAGAGGGUUCCAAAGCCAGAAGGGUCGGUAUUCCCAGUGCCUCAGGCCAGUAAUACUGAUAAAAGUGAUGACAACUCCCGUUGUAGCUCUUUGUCUGGAAAUGGUUUCACGCUGUGGGAAGAAUCUGCUGUUAAAAAGGGAAAGACAAGGAAGGAGAAUCUGGGUGAAAAGCCCGCCUUAAAGGCAGAAUCACCGGCAAAGAUUGAGCAAUGGACCGUUACAACAGAGCGGCCAAUGCAAUCGUCGUCAAGCAACCAUCGCAGUAGCUUCAGCUCUCUCUCCCCCUCUCAGCCUUCAGGGCAGCAGAGCCGAAGCUUCGGUGAGAUGUUAAAGUCCACAGUCAAUGUUUCCUCCAUGGAAGAGGAACUAGACGACGACAAAGCAUUUGUUAUUAAGAAGGAAUCAUCACCAUCCACUGCCUAUAAAGGUGACUUGAAGAUUAAUAUCUGUGGAAAAAGCUCUGAUCAGAAGGCUAACACGCCGAGAUCCAAACAUUCUGCAACAGAACAGCGUCGAAGGAGCAAAAUUAAUGAUAGAUUUCAGAAGCUGAGAGAACUAAUUCCCCGUAGUGAUCAGAAGAGAGACAAGGCAUCGUUCUUAUUAGAGGUUAUCGAGUACAUUCAAUUUUUACAAGAAAAGGUUCGCAAGUAUGAAAGCUCACCACCGCAAGGAUGGUAUCAUGAACCAGCGAAAUUGAUCCCCUGUAGAAACAAUUGCAAUCCAGCACAAUGUUACAUCGAUCAAUCUCAAAUAGCAAAGAGCGGCCCUGUGUUUAUAUUUGCUGGAUCUGAUGAGAAAAAUAUGUGUCACUCCCCUGCAUUUCCUAGGUGCUCGCACAACCCAGUAGAAUCUGAAGUCAGUACUUCCACCACCUUCCGAGAAGCGGAUCAACACCCUGGAACAAAUAACAAAACGUGUUAUCCAAUGUUGGACCCACGCCAUUUCACACCUGUCAUAAGUGAAGGUGCAAAAACUAGACUCCAUUCUCAAGUAGGACAUAAUGCAGACAAUAAACCAUGUGAAAUACAACCACUAUCGUGCGAGAUGAGAUCAUGUACUACCAAUAUUGUUGAUGGCAAUAAUAAGCUGAAAGAACCUGAGCAGAGGAUUGAUGGUGGUAGAAUUAGCAUCUCAGGUGCAUAUUCUCAAGGGUUGUUAAAAAUUCUCACACAAGCGCUACAAAGUUCUGGAGUGGAUAUGUCACAGGCCAGCGUUGCGGUGCAAAUAGAACUUGGAAAGAGAACGAAUUACAGAGAGAUCGUCCCUUCUCCUAUUGUGGACGAUUCAGCUCGCCCAAGUGAGAGAGCGAGCGUUGGUACAAGAGUUAUAGCUGGAGAGAAUAUGGAGCAGGCAUUAAGAAAGAAGCAAAAGACAUGAAAGAAGAGAAUGAUACAACAAACAAGUAUUCUUCUCCCGUCAAUUCUAUUUAUUAUCACUUCAUUUUUACCGUUCCAUUUCUUCCCUGGGGCGUUUAUGGCAUCUGACCAAUAUUUAAUUUAUUGUACAUUAGGUUAGUUCAUUUUCUAGUUUUGAUUUUUUUUCUUUUGGGCAUUCCCCAUUUGAAUAUGGUGAAGUAUGUAGCUGCUCUGCUUUAGAAAGUUAGGCUUGGAUGCCCCUUUUAUAUGUAAAGGGCUUAAAUUGGAUGUAAAGGUGUGUAGACCUCUUUGCUUAUUUCUGGGAAUGAAUCAAAAUAACAAAACAUGUAUAGUUUCCUCUUCAACCAAA